GAGAGGCAGUUGGACCCCUGCGCUCUGCUCCAUCGAUCUGCAGAGGCGCACAGAGGAGCUUCCAUCGGACGUUGGCCGCAGUCUCUGAGCUUUCGGUUUUUUUCAGGGGGAAUGCCAAAAGUGGAUUCACUGUUUGCAACAUGCUACUGGGCAAUUUGGUAGUGGUUGUGAUCUGCCUGUGGGGCACGGAUGUCAGCAGAGCUUAUGUGUUUCAAGCCAGCCGGCCUGCAGAGGGAGGAGACAGCCCACCACCUCACACUAAAGUCGUCUCAGAGUGGGUCAGCUCAGCGGGCUCCUGUAAGGGGAGGUGCUUUGAGCUGGAGGAGGCCAAACCUCCAGGAUGCAGAUGUGACAAUCUGUGUAAAACCUACUACAGCUGCUGCUCGGACUUUGAUGAGCACUGCCUAAAAACAGCCGGAGGUUUCGAGUGCACACAGGAUCGCUGUGGGGAGGAGAGGAACGAUGACCAUGCCUGCCACUGCUCGGAGGACUGUCUGGAGAGAGGAGACUGCUGCUCCAACUACAAGUCGCUCUGCAAAGGUGAGACCUCCUGGGUGCAUGGAGACUGUGAGGAGAUUAAGAGUGCUGAAUGCCCUGCAGGCUUCAUCCGUCCUCCCCUCAUCAUGUUGUCUGUUGACGGGUUCAGAGCCUCCUAUUUGAAGAAGGGCAAAUCUGUCAUCCCCAACAUGCAUAAACUCAGAACGUGUGGUACAUCAGCACCCUACAUGCGGCCAGUCUACCCAUCAAAGACCUUCCCAAAUUUAUACACCCUAGCCACAGGUCUUUACCCAGAGUCCCAUGGGAUUGUGGGGAACACCAUGCACGACCCGGUGUUUAAUGCCACCUUCAGCCUGCGCACCAGAGAGAAACUGAACCACCGCUGGUGGGGCGGACAGCCAAUCUGGAUCACGGCAGAGAAACAAGGAGUGAAAGCAGGCACUUUCUUCUGGCCUUGGGUGAUUCCUCUGGAGCGGAGGAUUUUGACGAUCCUGCGUUGGCUGCAUCUGCCUGAUCAUGUAAGGCCAUACGUUUACGCUGUCCACUCAGAGCAGCCCGAUACCUACGGACAUCGCCUGGGACCGCUCAGCAGUGAGCUGGAUAACACUCUGAGGGACCUUGACAACAUCAUUGGUCAGCUGAUGAACGGUCUGAAGCAGAUGAACCUGCACCGCUGCGUCAACGUCAUCAUCGUAGGAGACCAUGGUAUGGAGGAGGCCCACUGUGACAGGACGGAGUUUCUCAGCAGUUACCCGCUCAACAUAGACGAGAUCAUGCUGAUCCCCGGCUCGCUGGGCCGAAUACGACCCCGCGACCCCAGAUCCACCACAUAUGACCCAAAAGUAGUUGUUGCAAACCUCACCUGCAAAAUGCCGACCCAGCACUUCAAGCCGUACCUGAAGCAGCAUUUACCCAAGAGGCUUCACUACGCCAAUAACCGCAGGAUCGAGGACGUCCACCUGCUGAUGGAGAGGAAGUGGCACAUUGCCAGGAAAAUGCCCGAAAAGCUGAGGAGUCGUUGCGGAUUCUUUGGUGACCACGGCUUCGACAACAAGAUAACCAGCAUGAGGACGAUCUUUAUGGGCCAUGGGCCGAGCUUCAAGUUCCAGAAGAGAGUGCCAGAGUUUGAUAAUAUAGAGUUAUACAACGUCAUGUGUGACUUGUUGGGGUUGAAGCCGGCGCCCAACAACGGGACACACGGCAGCCUGAACGACAUGCUGAAAGAGCCACCGUACGCGCCCGGCAUGCCAGAGGAGGUGACACCGCCGUCGCCGGCGUCGGACCCCGAGGUCGCCGCGGCGCAUGACCUGGGCUGCAGCUGCGAUGACGAGAACAAAGUGGAGGAGAUCCUUGAAGCGUUCAGUCCUGCACCAGAUGGAGUCUACAGUUACAACAGCACCCACCUGCCGUUUGGUCGUCCAGCGGUGAUGUUUGACACUCAGUACAGUUUGCUUCAUCAUGUGGAGUUCAUCAGUGGGUACAGCAAAGAGCUGGCCAUGCCUCUGUGGACAGCAUACACACUGCCACGACAGGAGGACGUGACUCCUGUGCCGGAGGUCGCCCCCAGUGGUCAGUGCAUCCGAGUUGACUCCAGAGUGUCGGCUGAUCACAGUCAGAGCUGCACCGCCUACAGCCAGACCAGCCACCUCACCUACGGCUUCCUCUUCCCCCCAGGGGUAGCGUCGUCUCCUGAGACCAGAUACGAGGCUUCGCUCAUCACCAACACCGUCCCCAUGUACCCCGCCUUCAAGAGAAUGUGGAGUUACCUGCAGGGGACGCUGCUCAGACGUUACGCAGACGAACACAACGGCAUCAACGUCCUCGCCGGGCCCGUCUUCGACUACAACCACGACGGCCUCCGCGACACCACGGAGAAGAUCAAAGAGUUUUCACCCGACGCUCCGCCCGUCCCCACCCACUUCUACACUGUCGUGACGAGCUGUCAGGAGCUGAACCAGACUUUGGAGGAGUGCGACGGAGCUCUCAGGGUCUUUUCCUUCCUGCUUCCUCACAGGCCGGACAACAGUGAGGCCUGCAAUAGCGCCGAGGAUGAGUCACAGUGGGUUGAAGACCUGCUGAAGCUCCAUACGGCCCGGGUCCGAGAUGUGGAGAUCCUGACGGGCCUGGACCUCUACCGAUCCACCAACUUCACCUACACCAGCACCCUUAGCCUCAAAACCUACCUGCACACCUUUGAGAGUGACGACUAGACACGCAGGGAGACAGACACACACACAUACAGGAUCCAGCCGUUUGUAGAAGUCCUGCAUUUUCACUACAUGCCUGCUGGACAGCCAGCGCAUUGUUGUUCCACUCCUGAGGAACCGCCGGGAAGUGCUCGGAAAGGGGAGAAUAUUUUUGAAAUUUGAAAAGAUUAAAAGAAUGGUUUGGCAAGUAGUAGUUUGAAGAUUAAACGAGGAAUAUUGAAUACUAUCCAUGAAAUCUGAGAAAGAAUAAGCUAGCACAGGAAUGAUGCAGGAUGGGGGACUUUUCUGACAGCUGCCACUACAGUUUUCACAAAUACAAUAUAUAUAGUACAUUCUCAUGCUCACAUAAAGGACCAUACCAGUGUUUUAGCUCCAUAACUAUAAAAGAUGUAUACCUUACAUUCCUACUGACCAUUGAUGUUGUAGAAUUUGAAAAAAAUAAAGUGUCCUUUCUUAGUUAUAAAAAUCAAUUAGCAGACUCUUGAAACUUGUGAGGAUUUUUCAGCCUAACGUUCAAAUGAGAUUUUCAUGCUGUAUGGAAAUAAGUGGAAGCCAAUUGCUGCUUGAAAAGUUGGAAAAAUUCGUUAAAUUAUAUGCAAGUCUACAGCAGGGUUUAAUCAUUUCAAGUUAAUAGGCUAAAACACACAAAAUUGCUGGUAUGGUUCUUUAAAGGGAUAGUUUGAAAUUUUGGGAUACACAGUUAUUCUCCUUUGUGUUGAGAGUUAGAUGAGACUGACACCACUGUCAUGUUUGUAUGGCAAAUAUGAAGCUGAAGCCAGCAGCUAGUUAGCAUAACUUAGCAUAAAGAAUG